GUGACCAUUAUGUCAUCGUUAAAAAAAUAUAUGCGCGCAUACAAUCGAAAGAAAACAUUCUUAUUUUCAACUCACGCCAGUAGGAGCUCGUGGAUAUUUGUCUUAUAAGUACAGAAAUUUUUGUUAAAAAUAUGAAAAAAAACUGGUGAGAGUGAAAAAAGAAAGCGUUCAAGAACUUGUGCUGUCAUAGUGAGUACGACUUGACUACGAUGUUUGAGACAGCAAAACUUGUGAAACCCACAAAGUUGUGAGCAGUUCUUGUUGCUGUGAGAAACCUUACUAGUUGCAUCCUUUUCCAUCUUUAAAAAGACAACUGAUAGCCAAUGCUAUGUGGAAAAAGAUGAUAAAUCGUACCAGUCCAAGUAACCGUAACCGUCUGUUUACAGUCAAAACUAAAAUGCGUGUGUGUUCUGAUCAUUUUGUUGACAAGAAACCGACAUUUGAUAAUCCACAUCCAACUUUGAUGGGUUAUCAGUCUUCUCCACAGGAUAAAAAGGUGUUAUCAUCAAGAAGAAAAAUAACUUAACCGCUUAAAAAAAAGGAAGAGACCUCAACCAACAACUGAGAAAUCAUCGUCAUCUACAAUAACAUUUCCAAUGACGUCACCUAUUUAUUGAGUUUUUAUUGAGUAUUUAUUAUUUGACGUGGGUUUAUGACUUAUGUUAAUUUAUGAGAGGAUGGUAUGGUUGUUCGUGUUUUUCAAACUGCUGUUUCUUAAAAUUUUGUGUAAACUUUUGUGGAAAAAAAGACCACAUGCAAUAUACUGAAAAAAACAAUUUUUUGUGGAAUUGGCUUCCACUGAAGGCUGUUGUGUAAGCUAAUGGCUUUUUCAUAUUUGGUAUUAUAAACUUUUGUUGGGGAAAACUAAAUUGUAUUUGUUACUGUUAUUUUUCCUGGAAAAAAAUUCCAUGGUUUCACGUUUUUGUUAAGAAUUAAAAUUGUAGUAAAAACUGUGUUUGGUGAUGAUGAAAAAAUUACUAAUUGUUUUUUUUUUAUAUAUUUUAUAAAAUGCCUGAUUUUUCUAUAAUUUGAUGUGUUUCAUAAUAUUUCAAUGUUUUUGUAACAAAAUUCGCUAUCUUUAUAGCAAAUUAUUGCAUAUACUAUGAUGCGCGCAUAAAUUAUCUAUGUCGGAUGUAAGCAAAUAGCAUUACAGAACUUACCACUCUGUACCGGGGGUAAUUUCGCCGCCCGCCUCGACGUUAAAAAGGAGAGAUAGGAAAAUGUAUGUUCUAGCGCAGUCGCGUGCGCGUACAACAGUGACGUCACGGCAACCCCCAGCAAAGUCAACAACAAUCCCCUAUUAGUCACCGCACCAUUCCAAGACCAUUCCAUAUUAAUCUACAUAGGAUCUAGUAAUCCAGCACCAUCCAAGGACCUAAUAAUCACUGUAAUGACGUCAUCAAGAUUCUAACGCAAUUCCCUAAAAAUCAACGCGCAUACAGGGGAAUUUCCCUAAUUAUACUGAAUUUCAUCAAAAAUCAACGCAUGCGCAGUAAAGAGGAAAAUUCCCUGAGGGAAUUAACCGCGUUAGUAUUGACCGUUAUGAAAUCCUUCGACAAUGUUAAAAUUCUAUAUAAUAAAGAAAAUGGAAUCAAAAACAGUCAAACAAUUACGCGAUAUUGCAAAAGGUCGUGGUUUAACAGGGUAUUAUAAGCUACGUAAAGCUGAAUUAAUUUCUUUAUUAGAGGACGUACCACAGAGGCCAUCAAGAAGGGCCGGGCAACGAAAGCCCGUAAGACCUGUAACCCUACUACCAACGCCGGAGGCCAUGGAUAUAUUUGAGACCCAAGAAAUGUCGAAAAACCGAUCUAUCGUGAAAUCCAAGAUGCAGGAAUAGUAUAACUGGCUGGUUGAUGCCAUCCCAAAGCUUAUAAAAGAAGUACAAGAAGGGAUCAUGGGUAAUUAUGUAAAAUUCAAACGCGGGGUGAUGGAGCUUUAUCGCAGGGUAGUAAAUACAAGACCUACACUGCAUGAUGAAGUCGAACAGGAGGCCAACGAGGACUAUCUACAUGAUCAGCCGGGGCAAGAUUUCACGCCUCAGGAGCAUAAAAAUGCUCCUCACAGGACCUUCCGGAGUUUCCGAAUUUCCGGUAUAGGAGGUGCCGACGUCGACGGGUAUAUCGGGAUGGUGCGACCCAACGUGAAAACCUUGGUUGAGGGACAGGUAGAAAGUAUGGGAUCUGCGAAGAUACAGCUGUCACUAUGGAUACACUGGAGGAAACCGAUAGAGGGGACCAAAGAGUAUGAGGAGGCUAAUAAGGCCUUCCAUAGUAAUAUGGCCUCAGUAUUCCAGGGUAGCAACGUAGAUGACAUGCUGGAUAUGAUGUUUGCCCAAGUUAAAACACAUGUGGAAAACCUGACAUUCCCCAAAAGUGUCUUCACGAUCGGUCGAAUACUACACCUUGAUGUAGAUUUCCAUAAAUUGAAACUAACAAGGGGCUCAUCUCGUAUAUACAAGCACCUAAAUGGAUAGCUUCGAAAAAGGCAAUUAUUAAUCCCAAAAACGAGGGUGAGGAGUGCUUCAAGUGGAGCAUCAUCGCCAGCCUACAUCAUACGGAGAUUGAAAGGGAUCCGCAGAGAAUAAGUAAGCUAAGGUCCUAUGUAGGCCACUAUAGUUGGGAGGGUAUAGAGUUCCCUACAAGUAUCAAGGAUAUAUCAAAGUUCGAGAAUAACAACAAGGAGAUUGCGGUAAACGUCCUCUAUAUGGAUGGAAAGAGGAUCAAUAUCCUACGUUGAUCAACGCAUAACGGGCGUGGCAAGCAGGUGAAUCUACUAUACAUCACCGAUACAGCCAUCAAAAGCCUCUCACGGCUCCUAGUUAUUGAGACCUCAAAAAAUACUGCAAAAAUGCACUUUUGCCUGAACUGCCUCCAGGCAUUCCCCACAAUCGAGUCGAGGGAUAAGCAUUAUAGGUGCUGCACCGGUCACGGGGCAUUAAAAAUUACGAUGCCAACGGAGGCCGAAGAAUGGCUAUACUACAGAGAUGGCCAGAGACAAUUCAAGGUGCCCUUUGCCAUUUAUGCAGAUUUCGAGAGCACUCUUUAACAUGUUCCGGAGGCACUUCAACGUCUUCAGGAAUAAGCAUCAACUCAACGACGCGACUACCUGUCACGAUCCUAUCCAGCCUAUACAUCUUUUUACUCCACCGGGCAUCAGUGGCGCGUCUUUUAGAGUCACUAUGCUCCUCCCCGGGUUGUAGCAGAUACAAGUAUAAACCAUCCUCAGGUAGAGGCUUUUUCUCUGGAUAUUCUUCGCUUUUUGCGAGUGGUACACCAUCCAGUUUGAUCGCCUUGUUAGGUUUCAUACUAAUCAUGGUAGUUUUGGUAUUGUUGAGACCCUUCGAUAUAAUGUACAAAUGCUUGACCCAGGUGGUACUAGUCCCAUCGGAUGCUAACUCCUGGGCAUCUUGGGGCUUAAAUAGUCUUUCUGCAAGGACUUUAUUGUAACUUUCCACGAAGGCUGUGAAUGUAUGGUGGUACUUAGUGGUAGCCCACCUGAUCUCUACCCCCUUUCCUUCUAGUAGCUUAGUUACAUCCGAUUUAAACUCGGAACCAUUGUCGCACUGGAAUGUUUUUGGGUAGUGUAAGGGUCCCGCUUUGUAAAUAUCUUUGAUCAUCUUGGCGACUUCGCUAGCUCUCUUCGUUCUUAGGGGCCUCGCUACUUUGUAUCUUGAGGCCACGUCAAUGCCUGUCAGGAUGUACUUGUACGUAUUGCCAUAUAGUUUGUCAUGCGGCAUAUAUAACAGAUCGAAUUGGUGCAUCUCAUUCGGUGCUGUAAUUGUAAAAUGGGGGUAGUCAAUACGUUUUGGACCUCGAAUGUGUCGUAGCCACAAGAGAUGCCUACUAAGCCAAUGUAUUACCUCUUUUUGGAUAGGCCGGCUUCUGCAGCGAGUAACCCGAUACCUUUGCGGUCAGUCCACAGAUUCUCCGGAGUGUAGCAGGUAUUGCUUAGCUUUUCUGCUUCCUUUUCUGUAAUAAUGUGUGAUGCCUCAUCAUGACGCCUGCGCGCGGCC